CAUCAAAAAAACCCAAAAAAUAAAAACAAGCAUGGUGAAGGUUUUUGAAGAAAACAGAUCAGAAUCGGGGGAGGGAUCUCACCCACUGAAUCAAGCUCCAACCCUCUCCCUCACCACCUUUCUCAAUAACCUCGUCUGAUGAGAAAAUUACCUAUAGAAACAAAUCCAGAAAAGGGCACACUUCUUGAAACUCAAUAAUGUCUCCUCCUCCAGCCGUUGUCACCCAGCAGAAAACGCCUCCUUCCGAAAACUCCACCCCUCCAAUUUACCGGUUCCUUCCUAUUUAUACAAAAUCAAACAAAAUCCUAAACUCCCUUCUUUUCUCCUCAUCCAGACCUUUCAAUUUUUCUUCUUUUUUUUUCUACCGUUGAUCGGAUGAGGCCAAACAGCCAAGAAAGCUGGUGCGCGCUGUCAUUCUACAGGCGAGGCAAGGACAUGGUGUGGGUUUGUCUCAUGUUCGGUUGGCUGCAGCGUGGGGCGCAGGAUCUGUUUCUGCAGAAAAGGGGGCGCAGAGGGCGCAAGCUCAGGGACAGCAAGCAGGGGCGCAGCAAGGUGCAGGCUCGGGUACAGCAAGCAAGGGCGCAGCAGGGUGCAGGCUCAGGUACAUCGAGUAGGGGGCGCAGAGUCCAAGAUCGACGCAGCAAUCAGUGCAAAGGGCGUAGAGUGCAGGGGGCGCAGGCGUAUAGGGGGUGCAGCAAGUAGGGGCGCCGGCGGCAGGGGGCGCAGCAAGCAAGGGCCCAGGCGUUAGGUUUGGGGAGGAAGCUGGUUCGGGAGGAGAAGAUUUUGGAAGAUGAGGGAGAAGGCCGUGGUGAGGAAGAAGUUUCUGAAGAGCAAAAAGAUUUUAACAUUUUUUCCUUUUUUUGUGAUUUUUUUGGGUUUGGGUAUUGGGUUUUUGGAUUUGGAUAAUUUAGUGGGCUCAAUUGAAAUGGGUUGGUGUUGGGUUUAUAAAUUUGAUGAAUUUUACUCUUAAACUUUUGAUUCCUUCAAUUGAGUCCUUUUUUGAGGAUUUUUUCUUCAUUUUCUUCUUGAGUUUUUUUUUUUUGCAUAUAGCACCUAAGAGAAAAAUAAAGAUAUAUUAGUUAA